CCGGCCAGCCUGAGCUCACUGCGACUCAGGGAAGGAUGUCACAGUAAUGAGGCUGCCUCAGCUCGGAAGCACUUUCACUGAUGAUCAGCUGAGAGCGCCAGGAAGGAGACGCACUCUGCGAGGGGAGAGAAAGUGGGUGUCAGUCUCCGACGAACCUUGUGGAGCAGGCAGCACGGUGGAUUUCGAGUCACGCGCUGUGCAUUCGCCUGCUCUUUUGCAGGUUUGUGUGAGCUCAGCGGGGAAGUUAGAAGACGUGCAUCGGCUUCUGCGGGACUACUUUGACGUGCACAGGGAACUCUCCGCUUGGCUGUUGCCGGUCCUCGUGCUUCUGCUCUAUCCAACGCGCUGGGUUAAGAAGGCCCGCCCUCUUGCAGGAAGGUGUGAGCAGUUAGGAGGGGACACUUGCUGUGCUGCUGGAACAGGCCUUCAGGAUCAAACAGGAGGUGGCGGCAGGUCUGCAGUCAGCCCGUGGCUCCGUCCAGGUCAGGCACCGUCCCACAAGCUGCUGGAGAAUCUCAUACUGACCAUCGCAGCCAUUGUAAUGCAGCUUAGCAUGGACUUAAGCAUACAAUCACAUUUUAAAAUCAGGAUGUCACUGAAGUUCUCCGGCUGGGCGGUGGUUGACGAUGGCGCUUCUUCCCCUGGCGUGGAGCUGGAGGAGUCCCAGACACCGCAAAACCGGGGCGUCUACACCAUGUUCCACGGGACCAGCACUGCCAGUGCGCGGCUCAUCCUCGCAGGCGGUUUCAGGCAGUCAUCGGCUGGCAUGUUGGGAAAGGGCGUGUACGUCAGCCGUGAUAAGAAAAAGGCUGCUCAUUAUCCGUUGAACAGUCCCGUGACGGACCGCGUGGUCCUUAAGGUACGUGUGCGUGUCGGCCGCGUCAAGCGCAUUGACCAGGACAACCAUCCCAUGCAGUACACCUGGCAAACAAAUGGCUACGACACCGCCUGGGUGCCCCCCAGGUGCGGCCUCAGAGCCGUGCGCAGCGGCCUGGAGGAGGAUUGUGUGUUCGACCCCAAAAGAGUGCAGGUGGUGGGCAUCGCAAAGGCCCCAAGCACCGCCGUGCAGCAGGAACUUCAAGAGGUUCUUUCAAAAAGAUCUCGACAAGCGGGACAAGGAGGCGACGGUGUCGCCCACGUGUGCUCACUGUGUAAGAGGGCGACCCAGCAGGGCGCUCCACACAUCAAGCAACGGUGCUGGGAGUGUGGAAAAAACAUCUGCAUUUUCAUGUCCAAGCAUGUCUGUCGAGCCAAAGUGGGGGAAGAUGAUGUAGAUUUUAUGCUGCCACGCAACCCUCGUCCUGACGCGAUGUCGCUGCCCUUCUUCGGCUGGGAGGUGACUUACGACGACGACUCUCCCCGCGCGGAGCUGUCCGCGUCCCAGGAGCCCGAAGACAGCGGCGUCUACACCAUGUACCACGGGACCGGCGUCGCCACCGCACGGCUCAUCAUCGCCAACGGCUUCCAGCAGUCGUCGGCUGGCAUGCUGGGACCGGGGGUGUACGUCAGUCGGGACGAGAAGAAAGCGCAGCGUUAUCCGUUGCAAAGCAACCCCUCGGACCGCGUGGUGCUUGAGCUGCGCGUGCGCGUGGGCCGCGUCAAGCGCAUCGACAGGGACAACCAUCCCAUGCAGUACAGCUGGAGCGCGCAGGGCUACGACACCGCCUGGGUGCCCCCCAACUGCGGCAUGGCAGCCGUGCCCAGUGGCCUAGAGGAGGAUUGUGUGUUUGACCCCAAAAGGGUGACGGUGGUGGGCAUCGCAAAGGCACCAAACGCCGAGCUGACCGUGCUUCGGCAGCUGGUGGCUGAUGGUCUGAGAAAUACCAGCAGAGGAGAUGGUGGUGCGACCUCCCUUCUGGGUGGUGCUGUGGAUGUGUGUUCACUGUGUCAGAGGAAGGCGAAGCAGGGUUCUCCACACAUUAAGCAGCCGUGUUGGGGCUGCGGGCAAAACAUCUGUAGUCUCAUGAUCCAGCACGUCUGCCGGGCGAAGGCCUGAAGACAGGUGGAAUGAGGAUCAACGCAUGUAUGUAUGGUCUUCUAACGGGGUGGAGGAGGAAUGGAUUGAAAAUGAAACCCAAGUUAAAGAGUAAAAAUCCACAGCUCAGGGUGUAAUUCUACUUUAGAUUUUAUUUUCAACAUAAUUGGACUUCUGUUACUUUCCUUUUCACGAAUGAACAAUCAAUGAGCUGCAUUUGGUACUGUACGUUAGGCUAGUGAUUUUCAUACUGUAAUGAUCCACCUUCUAUUCCAUUUUUGUUCUACAGACAUACUAACAUGCGUUAGAAUGCAAUCAAAAUGAAAUAUUUCGGAAUCUGGACAUUUAUUAUUUUUUCAUUAUUAUGCAUUAUUUAUGUGAAAUAAAUGAGACAUGAUGUGCAAUUUUCUAAAUAAUCUAAAUCUGAAUGAUUUCAAAUGGAAUAAUGAUUGAACCCCAAUAAUCUACUAUAAGACCCAUAAUACCCAGUUUGAUAUGAUUUCUUAUGAGCUAAACAGAACCAUAAAGUUCAUGCAUAAUCCCGUUAAACUGCUUGAUUUCAUGGUGAUGCCUUCGUAGUCUUGCAAAUCUCAUGAUGAAGAGGCCAGCAGGGAAUGGAACUCUAGCAGUCUUUUAUCUCCAUUCUUUUUGGCAUGCUGCAAAAGGACCUACAAAGAAAGAUGAGAAAAUAUGUUUACCAUCACUGUUAUUCAGGGAGUGAAAAAAUAAAAACUUACAACAUGAGAAUUCAAA